AUUUUCCAAUUGUAAUAGUUUUAAAUUUUAUCUAUUUCUGGUUAAAAAUUACAAAUUUUGCUGGAGGAUUUGCUGCCCAAUAUGAGAACGAAACGAAACAAAUUUUUUUCUCUGAGCUCUCUCCAAACUCUCCACUGUUGUCGAUGACAACGAAAACACGAAUGAUGCCAAAGUAAACAAGCAAGUUAAAGAAGAAUUAUACACUUUUUAUAAAACAACGUAUUCCUUCCUAUUCUAUUUAAAGAAGUGGCAUUGCUGCUCUCAUUGGAACACCGGACAAUUUUUCACAACAUCUCUGCUUUAGAAGUAUAUGUAUUUACUAUGUCAUGCCCAAUUGACAUUUUCGUUUAACAGCUGUGGUUUUGUUACAUUUGGAUAGAUAUUUCUAAAAUUUUCACUUUAUUAAUUUUCCACCAAAAUUUGCAAAAAUUCUACGUAAAAUCAAAUUAGCACUAGAACAUCGCAAAAGAAAAUCAAAACAGAAACAGCAAACGUUACCUGCGAGCUCAUCAACACUAGCACCGUUUACCAAAACUGAAGAGAUUACGACCAAAAAGGCACUAUCAAACGAAAAUAUACUCCCUCCCAACAUGGAUACCAAUAUAAACCGUGUGCUAAAUCAAACCUUGCGUCAUCCAUUGCACGGACUGCUAUUCAAAUAUACCAAUGUAAUGAAAGGUUGGCAGUACCGCUGGUUCACGGUGGACUCACAGACCGGUACACUGAGCUAUUAUUUGUGUGACUCUUCUUCGACUGGAGAUGAAUCAGCACCAUCAGCACAGGUGCUAGCUGGCGCACCACGCGGACAAGUACAUUUGGCAGGCGCCGUAGUCUGCCCUAGUGACGAAGACUCUCGCACCUUCUCGAUCGGCUGUGCCUCUGGCGAUACAUUGAAAUUGCGUGCAGCUGACGCACGUUCUCGACAAGAAUGGGUUGAUGGUUUACGUGCAGUCGUGGAGAGUCAUACGAAAGCAAUGGAUAUAAGCAAUUCAUCAACACUGCCACCGCGAGAACUGUUAGCCGCUUCAGAUGCGAUGGUAUCAGCGAGACAAGCACUUUACCUAACGGAACAAUGCAAUGCCGCACUAGCACGUUCAAUCGAAAAUAUUGAGUGUGCGACGUUUUCGCCGACAGACCCCGACUUGCUGUUGUUGAAAGCCAUUUCGACGGCCAGCACACAAUGUUUGCAUCAGUGCUUGAGUCUUUUGCAACGACACGAAGAGACGCACAACACCAGUAUGGAAUCUGCAGGUGUUUACUAAGCGAGCAAUAUUAUUGUUAUUUGUUUUUUAACUCGAGUGACGAUACAUACAUACAUAUAUGGCUGGAUUUUAUAUAAGCUGCUCUGUUCCAUUUUGAAUGUUUAUAAAUUUAUGUUAUCAGUAAGCGUUAGUACAGCUAUAAAUAUAUAAUAUACAUAUAAGACAUAUACACAUUAUCGCAAUUUAUUGUAUUAAAUGAUAGUUAUAUAAUCAUAUAAAUUUAGGUACUAAAACAUUCAAAGAAAUUAAAUAUACGCACACUUAAUAAGCCAAAAACUAUAACAACAACGAUGUACUGUAUUUUCACGUGGGUGUGCUUUACCGUUAUUUUCGAAAAUACUACUUCCCGUUCCCACGACAGUCGUGUCUACGUAACUGGAACGUACCCGGAAUUUUAUCCGAUCAAGGACUGUGCAGCAGCAUAUUUCAGGAACAUUUUUUGCCGCUACAACAACAACAAAAUACUACUUACUGUUAUUGAAACCCGCUUUUCCAGCUAAUAAAAUACAAUUCUCAUUUUC